CUUUUCUUUCACCCCAUGUCCGAAUCCAUGUCCGUCCGAAUCCAUGUCACUUUCCCCUGCGCCGGUUAAUUGGCGAGAUGCUCCGUACUCGGCAUGAAUGCUACCGUACCACCUCAACCACCUGGGUGAGAAACAUCCCGAAGCCUUGUCUACCCUUUGAAACGCAUAUCGUGGUAAGCACUGGACGAUGCGCAUCUUGGUUUGGUCCAUGUGAGAGGGGCGACUGAAUCAGACAAUCUUUUCGCAAGCAUGAGAAUGGAGGAUGAUCCUGAGUUAAAACUAUGGUCAGCUGCUCGAGACAUCUAGCAUGGUGUAAAGAAGAUGCGUUUCGCCGAACGAGUUCAUUAGAAUCCUCACAUCACCCUUCCAUGGCCCCUUCCCAGUGUUUCAACUUUUCUACCAAUAUUCCAGAGCGGCCGGGCUUUUUCAGUUCAGACACUAUCAGCGAACCAGCAAUCAAUCAGGCCCAAACUGGAUCUUGAGGUAGAGUCAUGUGGGAUAACAUGAUACAAUAACUGCGCAAGUUUGCCCCCUCCCAACAGCACAGUUAGCAGUCAAUUGGCUUACUUAGGUCCUACGUAUCUAA